AUGGAAACUCGCAGUGACGAAGCACCCCUUCAACGCGGCUCACUACCCAAACGCACCCCACAGCAAGACUUUUACUUUGAAACCAAUACCGGUUAUAUCGACCAUGGAUGGUAUGGUACCAUGAUGAAUUGCCUCGGAUCGAUUGUCGGUGGUCUUGGCUCUAUCCCAUGCUGCGUUUGUUGCCCUAAUCCCUUCAAAGAGGUGGAUCAAGGCUAUGUUGGCUUGGUCACACAAUUUGGCAAGUUUAACAAAUGCGUUAACCCUGGUCUGGUUAAGGUCAACCCGCUCACAGAAAACGUGCAUCGUGUCGAUGUCAAGAUGCAAAUCACAGAAAUUCCCCGCCAAGUUAUCAUGACGCGUGAUAAUGUCUCUGUCAAGAUUGACAGUGUAUUGUACUGGCAUAUCGUAAACCCAUAUCGAGCCGAGUUUAGUGUAAGCAACGUCAAGGUCGCUUUGGUGGAACGAACACAAACCACCUUACGCCAUAUCUUGGGUGCCAAGACGUUACAAGAUUGUAUCGAGAAUCGAGAAGCCAUUGCACAUGAAAUCCAAGAAAUUACUCGAUCGGCUGCGAAACAAUGGGGUGUCAAGAUUGAAUCGAUCUUGAUCAAGGAUCUGCAGUUCUCAAAAGACUUGCAAGAAUCACUCUCGGCUGCCGCACAAGCAAAGCGUAUGGGUAAUGCAAAGGUCAUUAGCGCCAAAGCAGAGGUUGAUUCAGCCAAGCUUAUGCGUGCCGCUGCUGACAUUCUUAACACGCCCGCUGCCAUGCAAAUCCGAUACCUGGAAACCAUGCAAGGCCUUGCCAAGGCACCCAACACACGCGUCAUUUACUUACCAUCCGACAAGAACACCAACAACAUGGGUCCUGUUCAGGUGGCUUCCUAUCAAGCACUUACCAAUCAAUAG